GGGAGGGGAGAUAUUCAGAGUAGAACAGCUGGAUAGUCAGAACCCAGCUCACAGCUGAGGAUUGGUGCAACAGAGCAAUCUUCCUCUAUAUCCACAAAGCCUAGAGUGUCGUCUGUCUCCUGUGUGCUUUCUCAUUCCCACAGGAUAUGAAGCAUUCUCUACCGAAGAAUUGACACCAAGAUAGUGGACUUCUGUGUGCAGUAGAGGACAAGACUGCCAUCUGCUAAACAAAAGGCCUCUGUGAGCAUCUAUCUGGGAUGGAUGGCCAGGUGGAGGAGCUGAAUGGAACUGAGUUAGAGGGACAGAGCUUUCUGCACUUCAAUCCAAUGACUCUUUCCACUGGGACUGCUGCGGCCUCAUCCAGCCGCACUGAAAGUGUCUACGUUUAUCUUUCUAUCUUCCUCAGCCUGCUGCUCUUCCUCCUCACCCUCCUGGUCAUCACCCUGCACAGGCUGAAAAACAUCAUUUCGUCCAGUUCAUCCUAUCCGGAGUGCAGCAGCGAGGCAGGCAGUUCAUUCACCAACAUGGAGAUCUGCAGCCUGUCUUCACAGAGAUCAGCAGUGUCAUCAUUGUCCUGCUAGUGACACACAUGAGGCUAACAAACAAGGCCAUUUAAGGUUAUGAUAAAUGCAAAUGUUUUAUAACAUUAAAUCAUUAUUUUUAUGACUUGUUGCUAUAGUGAUAUGUUAUAAUCAAUGGAAACCACCAGAAAACAUAUUCAUAACAGAAAAAAAAUAAACAAUGGGGGUAUAAAAAAAGG